AUGGAAUUUAUCACUUCAUUUGUUGGUUCAAUUUCUGAAAUUAUUUUCACCCGCUUGUUUGAUGCAGCAGGACGUCAGAUUGGCUACCUGCUUAAGUACAAUGACAACAUCGAAACUUUACAAAAGCAAGCUCAGAAACUCAAGGCUACCAGAGACAGCAUGCAAUUGAGAAUUGAUGCUGCUGAAAAAAACAGAGAAAUUAUCUUACCUGAUGUCCAAUGCUGGAUAUCUGAAGUUGAUAAUGUCUCUGCAGAAGCGGAAGAGUUUUUGGAGGAUGAACGCAAUGUGAACAAGAUGUGCUUCAAAGGGUGGUGUAUUGAUGUCCGAUCGCGUUACCGAUUCAGCAAGGCGGCAAAGCGGAAGAUAACGGUGAUCACUCAGCUCCAAGAAGGUGGAACAUUUCAAGCUAUAUCUCAGCCUGCUCUUCCUCCUUCAAGCAUUAUCGUUCCAACUGUUGGAUUUUCUGGAAUUUUUGAAUCCAGAGAAUCAAACAAGAAUGAAAUUAUGGAAGCCUUGAAAGAUGACAAGGUCAGCAUAAUUGGAAUAUGUGGGAUGGGGGGUGUGGGUAAGACCACACUGGUGAAACAAAUUGGCAAACAAGCUGAGGAAGAGAAAUUGUAUGAUUCAGUAGUUUUUGUGGUUGUGUCUCAAACCCCCAAUGUCAUUGAAAUUCAAAAAGCAAUUGCUUACAAGCUAGAUCUGAAAUCAUUAUCGGAUUGUCCUGAAUCAGCACGAGCAAGUUCCCUGUGGGAGAGAAUUAAGAAGGAGAAACGAAUCCUCAUAAUAUUGGAUGAUGUUUGGGGAAGAAUUAAAUUGGAGGAGAUUGGUAUUCCUUUUGGGAAGGAUCAUAGAGGUUGUAAGAUCAUGCUUACCUCUCGAAGCAAAUAUGUGUGUGAUGAGAUGGAUUGCAACAAAAUAUCUAUUGUUGGAACUUUAUCAAAACAGGAAUCGUGGGAGCUAUUCAAGGAGCUUGUCGGAAUGGAUGUUGAAAAUUCUAUAUUAAGCCCAAUUGCAAGAGAAGUAGUCGCUGAAUGUGAUGGCUUACCGAUUGCAAUUGUGACAAUAGCAAGGGCAUUAAAGAAUAAAAAUGAGGAUGUGUGGAUUGAUGCGGCACGACAACUAAAAACGUCUACUCCAACAGAUAUCUCAGGGAUGCAAGGAAGUGUGAUUUCAUCUUUGGAGUUGAGCAUCAAAUAUCUAGAAAGUGAGGAUGCAAAAUCAUUGUUCUUUUUUUGUAGCGUGUUUCCAGAGGAUUUUGAAAUCCCAAUUGAAGUUUUAGUUACAUAUGGAGUGGCUUUGAGGUGGUUCAAAAAUGUUGAGACAAUGAAGGAUGUUAGACACAGAGUGCAUGCUAUUGAGAAAAUUGCAAGGAAACGACUAAUUGAAGAAAAAGUAAAAGCAGAAAAGUGAAAAGGAUUAAACACCAACUGAGACAAUGAUGGGAUCGAUGGAAAGCUAGCAGGGGAGACAUGUUUCAUAAGCUCGUUUAAUCAAGGCCAAGGAAGAUCUUCCUGCUAAAAUCAACGGCCUUAGGCUUCCCGUCGAUACCAUCUGCCGCAACCCUAACGACUUUGAGUUCGACAAAGAAGCAUGCUCAUGCAGUGGCGAAGGAAGAUCUUCCUGUUAAAAUCAACGGCCUUAGGCUUCCCAUCGAUACCAGCUGCCGCAACCCUAAAGGCUUUGAGUUUGACAAAGAAGUGUGCUCAUGGCAGUGGGGAGUACAGGGCAAGGAAUUGUAGCAGAAAAGGAAAAGCAGACAAGCUGAAGAGGUGGGCAAUUUCAGUGUGGCAAGGUUGCACGCUGAUGGCAACUUAGCAGAUGAGAUACUUGUCAUAUGCCAAAUUAAUUUGUCAUACUGAUACAGUUCUUUUCUUUUUGAACAUAGAGUAUUAAGAAAACAUUCAUUUGGUUGAAAUUUGUGAUGCAAAAUUUAGGGGAAAAUAAGCUUGAAAACAGGUAUGUUAACAAAUUGCCAUCAAUGUAUUCUCAUUAUUACAUUACGUGUAAGCUCAAAUGACUUAGUGAUCAAAUAUAAAGGAAAUAAUCAUGAACAAGAAAGGAGAAAAGGCGGAUGUUUGCAUCAACAGAGAAGAUGGUGUUCCUAGCUUAAAUAAGAUGAAACUUACUUUGUUUCAGAAGAGGAUUUAUCCACAGUUCUCUAUUUCUACUACUAGGUCAAGAAUCUGUCUGCUGGAGAGAAUAUUUAGGCAAGAUGCAUAAAUAUCAAGGCUGCCUGUUUCUAUCAUACAGGCCCUAGUAUCAACAAUUGGAUGACGUGAUUCAGAAAGCGUUGGAGAAUUUCCCUAAGCCUGAUGAGGUAAUGAAAUUCUUUAGUGCCUAUGGAGUACUAGUCAGUUAUGUUGAGAAUACUAGUGAUCCGUAAAGAAGACCAGAUGGAGGAGUGCAGAACUUGAAAAGCUGUGGAUUUGGCAACAAUCAUACUCUGAUUUGUCAGUCGAGUAGUGCCUGUGCAAUGGUGGAAGCCUGACAAUGAUGAAGUUCUCGUUGAGCUCGGCUAGAAGGGUGUUAAGAGUCUUCUUGUAGUACCAGUCAGCUUUGUGAGUAAGCACAUAAAAAGAAUACCAACUACAUAUUUUUUUAGGCUUCCUGUCGAUACCAUCUGCUGCAACCCUAACACUUUGAGUUUGACAAGGAAGUGUCCUCAUGGCAGUGGUAUGUGCUGCUUUUCUCUUCUAUCACAACUUUAGUUAAUGUUUUUUUGUUAGUUUGCUCAUUUUCCAUCAAUGUGGUGGGUUUAGUUAGGUUGGGCCGUCUUUUCUAUAACAAAUGAACUUUGAUUUAACUAUCUAGAGAUGGACAAAAUCUGAAGCGUAAUUAAUUGUAGUAGAAGUAAGAGCAGAAGGAUCACCUGAAAUACAUCAACUGAGACAUGAUUCUGCUAUGCAUACUGGUUUGAAUCUUGUUCAAAUUUUUAUAAUUAGAAUCAAAUUUAACAUUAAUUUUAUAUUGAUUAAAGUUCAUUUCCUAGCAAUGCAAGAGCUUGGCAUGUUUAUGUAAGAAUUCAAUUCAAUUGUAAAUAUUUAUACUAUUUGAACAAUUUUUAGAUGUAAAAUACUUUCUUCUUUCUUCACUGGCUUGAUGCCCCCUUACCAUAAUCACAACAUAGUCUGUUUAGAUUCACAUCAGAAAAAUGGUAACAGGAAAUGCAGGGAAAUACAGAGCAUGGAAUUGUAGCGGAAACAGAAAAGCGGACAAGAUGAAGAGUUUUUAGAUAUCAUUUGCAAUUUAUAGUCUGUUGAAUUUUGAUUCAUUAAUUUUUUUCCUAGAAAUAUCAUCGAAUAAAAUCCUUAUUGCAACAUUAAUGAUUAUGCAUUAUCAAUAUCACAAACAGGUGGGCAUUUUCGGUGUGGCAAUGGGCAUGCUGAUGGACGCUUAGCAAAGCAGACACAUGUCAUAUGCUGAUAUAAUUUUGCAUGAAGAAGGCAUACAUGUAGUUGAAAAUUUGUAUGGAAAACUGAGGUGAAAACAAGUUUGGAAACAGAAGAAAGAAUCAUGAAUGAGAAAGGAGAAACGGCUGCUGCUUGCAUCAACAAUUGGGUCAAGCAUCUGUGUUCUGAAGAGAAUGUCUAGGGAAUAUGCAUAUAUAUCAAGGCUGUUUCUAUCAUACAGUCCUGGUAUCCACUAGAGGUUACAUCAAGUCUAUGGCUGACAUGAUUCAGAAAGAGUUGGAGAAUUCUCUAAGCCUGAGGAGUAUCAUUUACUUAUGUUGAGAACGCUGAUGAUCUGUAGAAAGACCAGAUGGAGACGUGCAGAACUUGAAAGUCUGAGGAUUUGACAACAAUCAUACUUUGGCAUGCCAGGUUGGGCACUAUAAUGUUUGGUUGGUUAAUUCCUACACUGAUGAAGUUCUUGUUGAGCUUGGCCAAAAAGUUUUUAUAAGUCUUCUUGCAUUUCCAAUCAGCUUUGUGAGUGAACGCAUAGAAACAUUUAAGAGAGAUUUGCAAGGAGUACGGGGAGUUAGCUCUUGAAUCCAGCAUUCAAAAGUGGGGACAUGUACCUGCCCUCAACAAACAGAACAAAUAACAUGAAUGAGAAAGGAGAAAAGGCUGCUGCUUGCAUCAACAGAGAAGAUUGUGUUCCUAGCUUAAACAAUAUGAAACUUAACUUUGUUUCAGCAGAAGUUUUUAUCCACAGUCCUCUAUCUCUACAACUGCGUCAAGCCUCUGUGUUCUGAAGAGAAUAUCUAGGGAAGAUGCAUACCUAUCAAGGAUUUCUGUUUCUAUCAUAUGGUUCUGUUGUCAACGAGAAGGUUACAUCAAGCCUGUGGCUGACUUGAUUCAGAAAGAGUUGGAGAAAUUCUCAAGUCCUUAGUGGUCAUGAUAUGCUUUAGUUCCUAUGGAACCUUAAAGGCCAAGGAGUUGACAAUGAUCAUACUCUGACAAUGAUCACAUAUUCAUGAAAUCAUUUUAUAGUAUUGGAUCCUGUUAGUGAUGCCUGUCAAGAAAAUAUUUUACUAUUAGAUCUAACACUGUCUUGAGAGAAAAUUGUAACUGUGAAAGUACUAUUAGAUCUAAUGCUAUAAAUGGUUAAUGUUUAUUAUUA